GGGACUGAGCCCAUGCUGAAGCCAUUUUUCUCUUCCUUUCUCUCUGUUAAGGAAACCCUUAAGCUGCCGGACCUAAUAAAAAACCCUUAAGCUGGCUUUCUGCUCUGUAUUUUUCUCUUCCUUUCUCUCUGUUAAGAAAUUUCUUGGGAUUUCAAAAAUGGGUCGCCCUUGCAGAAAACCAAAUCAAAACCCACUCUUAGAUUUCCGGUCAAUUCACGAUGAUGCUUGGUACACAGUUGAUACGCUGGUUCUUAGCAACCAAGACACUUCCCUAACUGUAAGAUUCAAUGAUUUUGAUGAAGAUAAUGACGAGGAGUUCAAUGUCAAACAUUUCAAAACUGCGAAAGAAUUAGAUGAUUUCAUAAAAAGGUUUCGUCCGGCUUGUGUUCAGCUACAGGAUGAAGAGUGUAAGAAUGUGAAACGUUUUUGGUUCGUCUGUGCACUGCUUCAACAUGGGGAAGACGAUCAUAAGUUCUACAAUGCCUUUAUUGAAUCGAUACACCAUGAACCUCACACUCGCAGAGGAGGAGAAGAGAGUUGUUUGUGUGCAUUUGUGGUUUGUUGGUUGGAAGGCCCAAAGGCUGGGGAAACUGAACAGAUGCCGCUUGAACGUAUUUGUAAAGUUCAACUAGGAUCCCCAUUAUUUGAUCAUGCGCUGGCAUGUUUCGUGGAGAUGUCACGAGCACAGCUUGAUUUGGUUUCAAAUGAUAUGCCAGUCAAAAAGGAAUGCGAAGCUACAAAAUCGGAGAAUCUUACUAAACAUCCUUGUUAGACUGCCCGUGAAGUCGAUCUUGCAGUUCAGGUGUGUAUCGAAAGCCUGGUGCAAGUUAUGGAAACACCCUCGUUUUAUCAGAAAACUCGUUUAUCAUGUUACUGAAAUAAACAAUAUUCAUACAAUGAGAAACACUUACUCUAUUCCUAGUAGCACAUUGCCUAUAACUUGUGAUCUACCACCAUCAUAUACAUGGAAUACCCAUUUCAUCUAUCCUUUGGGGUUAAGAAGUGAUGGCAUUAUGUUUUGGGGUAACUGUAACGGUUUUGUUUGUAGCUCCGGAGAGGAUGAUGAUGUUGUUCUUUGGAAUCUACCUAAUUGCAAACGUAAGUUAGUUACUUCAAGUAUGGGUUUGGUUAUGGUCUUGAGAGUUGAGACUCAUGAAUUAAAGGUGGUACGCAAUGCAGGAUUUGAGGAGGAAUUUUGUUGCAAAGUUCAGGUAUACACAUUAGAAUCUAAUUCCUGAAGAAGAAUUGAGAAUAUACAUUAGUAUCUUGAUCAAGGACAACAGGGUAUGGCUCCAGUGAAUGUCAAUUACGGAACUACGCAGCAACUGACCCUUUGGCAUCUGAACUCCAUGAAGUUAUACUUUCUUUUGAUUAAUAAGGAUGAAAGAUUCAAUGAACGGCCACUAUCCAGCUUUUGCGAUGAAUACGGGGACAAGUUUAUGUGCAUUGGGAGGGUCCCUUUGCUUACUUGGUAACAAGAGUGUAGAAUUCGUGGCUGCAUAAAUGUAUGGGAGAUGAAAAGGUACGGAGUAACAUAAUCUUGGGAUAAACUUUUCGCCAUUUUGCACAGAACUAUUGGUAAGUUCUCUGGAUACUUCUUCCCAUUUCACUCUCCCCAGAAUCUUGAGAUUUUAUUAGGGUAUGUCAAAGGUGACAAUGGCGGUUUUCAUCUAGAUCUGUAUGACCCAGAGAACACAGCCUACU